ACCAUUGCUUCAAUCAAUUCGCAGUGAUUGAAAGAUGUCGUCGUUCCAGCUCACUCUGGCCACCCGGGCCAACCCGGCCGCCUUGCUUCCGGUGUUGCUUGUGGCCACCUCCAUCAACGAGGCUCGUCCUAGCCCCGUCAUCGCCAUCACCUACGAGGACUCGGCCGUCCUCUCCCAAGGCGACAAGGCCGUUGUUCAGUUCACUGCCAACGGUGCUCCCGUCUAUGGUCCCGACAAUGCCAUCAAGGAGCUUCGCGCCAGCUUCCCUUACCUUAACGGUAAGGACGAGAAGUUGGAGAAUGAGUGGCUCUCCCAGCUCGAAAGCUUCACCACCCUCGACUUCAAGGCCCUCGAGCCCCAGCUCCAGCGCCUGAACACCCACCUUCUCCUCCGGUCCUUCGUGGUUGGAUACUCGCUCUCCACCCCCGACAUUGCUCUGUGGGGUGCCAUCAGAGGAAACCGAGUUGCCGUUUCCUCCGUCCGCAAGGGCGCCCUUGUCAACGUGACCCGUUGGUUCAACUUCCUCGAUGAGCUCUGCCCUUGGGCCAGCGCUGCCUUGGAGAACAUGAACGCUGCGGCGAAGGAGAAGAAGACCGCCAAGGCCAAGGAGGGUGCUAGCUAUGACAUUGCUCUCCUGAACACGGACAAGGGUGUUGUCACCCGGUUCCCCCCUGAGCCUUCCGGAUACCUGCACAUUGGACACGCUAAGGCUGCUCUGCUCAACGACUACUUUGCCCACGAGAAGUACAACGGCACGUUGCUUGUGCGUUUCGAUGACACCAACCCUUCGAACGAGAAGCAGGAGUUCCAGGACGCCAUUCUCGAGGAUCUCCAACUCAUGGGUAUCAAGCCCGACAAGACGAGCUACACUAGUGACUACUUCGACGAGCUCUACGAGUACGGCCUGAAGAUCAUCCGCCAGGGGGACGCCUAUGCCGACGAUACCGAUCAGGAGACGAUGCGUCAGCAGAGAAUGGACGGUGAGCCCAGCAAGCGUCGCGAUGCCUCUGUCGAGGAGAACCUUGCUCGCUUUGAGGAGAUGAAGCAGGGUACCCCCGAGGGUCUUAGAUGGUGCAUCCGUGCUAAGAUGUCGGUGGACAACCCUAACAAGGCCAUGCGUGACCCCGUCAUCUACCGCUGCAACCCUGCCCCCCACCACCGCACCGGCACCAAGUGGAAGGCUUACCCUACCUAUGAUUUCUGCUGCCCUAUCGUGGAUUCGAUGGAGGGUGUCACCCAUGCCUUGAGAACCAUCGAGUACCGUGACCGGAACCCUCAGUACGAGUGGUUCCUGAACACCCUCAAGCUCCGCCACGUGCAGAUCUGGGACUUUGCCCGCAUGAACUUUGUCCGUACUCUGCUGUCGAAGCGUAAGCUCACCAAGCUGGUUGACCAAGGUGUUGUCUGGGGCUGGGACGAUCCUAGAUUCCCCACCAUCAGAGGUAUUCGCAGAAGGGGUAUGACUAUCCCUGCCCUUCGUGAGUUUAUUCUCAAGCAGGGUCCCAGCAAGAACAUUGUCAACCUCGACUGGACUUUGUUCUGGGCGACCAACAAGAAGUACAUCGAUCCCACCUCCCCCCGUCACACUGCCAUUCUCAAGAAGGAUAUGGUGAAGGCCGUGAUCAAGGGUGCCCCCGCUCCCUACUCUGAGAACAAGCCGAAGCACAACAAGAACCCUGCCCUUGGCGAGAAGAAGGUUGCCUUCAGCGGUUCCGUCCUCUUCGACCAGGAGGAUGCCAAGUCCUUCAAGCAGGACGAGGAGAUCACGCUCAUGAGCUGGGGCAAUGCCAUUGUCCGUAAGAUCGAGACGGACGCAUCGGGUGCUGUCACGGGUCUGGAGCUGGACCUGCACCUGGAGGGUGACUUCAAGAAGACCGAGAAGAAGGUCACUUGGCUGUCCACGGACCAGGACGUCAUUCCCGUGGAGCUGGUGGACUUUGACUACCUCCUCAACAAGGACUCCAUGCAGGAAGAGGACAGCCUGGAGGACGUGCUGAACCCCAAGACCGAGUUCCGCGAGGACGCCGUGGCCGACUGCAACGUUGCCGACCUCAAGGAGGGCGACAUCAUCCAGUUUGAGCGCAAGGGCUACUACCGCCUGGAUCGCCCCUACGCUCCCGGCCAGCCGGCCGUCCUGUUCAACAUUCCCACUGGCAAGAAAUAGAUGCACAUACGGGGUGUAGAUUUCGACGGGUUAUGAAGAGACGCUGGACAUGAGCAGUAGAUGAAUUGAAAGAGUUCAAUGCGUUAA